CCAAAAUGCCUCCAAAUCCACCCGAAAUACCCCAAAAUUACGAAAUACCCCCAAAUCCCCCCAAAAUGCCCCAAAAUCCACACGAAAUACCCCCAAAUCCACACGAAAUACCCCCAAAUCCACCCGAAAUGCCUCCAAAUCCACCCGAAAUGCCCCGAAAUUCCCCCAAAUCUACCCGAAAUUCCCCCAAAUCCAUACAAAAUACCCCAAAAUCCACAGGAAAC